GGUGGUCUUUGGGGAUUGCAGGCGGGAGCUGAUAGAAGUGGCGUCCGCUGUAUCUUCUUCCACGGCAUUUCAGCCGAGGUGAGGGAGCUCAGGGGGCGGGCGUCUCCAGGCGAACAGCUCCAGGAGCGGCGAAGUGGGGGGRUGUUAUCUGCUGCCAUCUUCGGAACAACUCAUCUGUUGCUGCGCGCGUGGAGACAAGAGCACGGUGAGGCGAAAGGCGAAGGCCAAGAGGGUCAGGCACUGUCAGGCUCUUCCAGUCCGUGUCUACGAUGGCCGCUAUGGUGGUCCUGCUGUUGCUGGGGCUUCUCCAGCUUGCCGUUCCUGGACUUGCUCAAAAUCCGCCAUCUGAGACUGUAACGAUCGAGAGCUUCACCUAUGCUGGCUCUGGCUGUCUGCCUGGAAGUGCCGAGGGCCUAGUCUCCUCCGACGGACAGACGCUCACUAUAAUUUUCAGYAACUACACGGCGUUCACCCCAGGAACUCCACCUGACCUGCGGAAAAWCUGCCAAGUGGCCGUCAACCUGAAUUAUCCUGMUGGAUUCACGUUUACUCUGGGGACUGUGACAUUCCGAGGGUACGCCCAGUUCCAGGAAGGCGUCAAGGGUUCACUGGCAGCCACUUACUACYUCUCAGAUGUUCCAGGGUCAGUCAGAGUCUYGCGCAACCUGCCGCCUCCCGUGGAMGACAACUUUGAGUUCACCGACGAGUUCCCAACCUUUGUCUAUGCAGAGUGUGGCGGUAWGUCGGUGAUGCUCAAUGUGAAAUCCGAGGCAAGAGUGGUGCCUCCACYCGCGCCGAAURAWAACAACAAGGGGUUGAUCACCGUCGAUUCGACGGAUCUGAAGCUCACCCAGCUUUAUAGCCUGAAGUGGAAUACGUGCUAAGGGCAUACUCGUACUAAGGCUUUUCUGGAGCAUCUGGCGGCAAAUGCAGCCAGAUGCAGUUCAGAAGAAAGUCGUAAUGUGAGCAUGGCCUAAGCUGAUUUAACGAGGCGUCAACAACAGGGGCGGGCGGUCGUUCGACAUCAGCAAGCCACUUGRAGAGAAGCASAAUGAGUGACCGGGAGGGGCUCAACUUGGAGAUUAGUGGAUUAACCUAUCGUCGCGGAGCUGCAUUGUCAGGGGCGCGCGGUCAGCUAAGAACUGGCCACAUCACCGACACAGGCGAUCGGACGUGUGUCGAAGAGCAUUUUGCGGAUGGAGCUCAAUAGGAGGCCUAGCCACUAGUAGCCAGUUGUGGAACUGGUCAGUCAACGAUCAUUAUAAUUAUAUAUAUAUAUAUAUAUAUAGUACGUACUGAAUGUCUGGCAGGCGAGCGAGUUUCCACGUCCUCUAAUUUCUAAACCUGGAAAAGAGUACGCUGGCAUGUAGCACUUCCGGUGCUCGGGAACACCCCAAGCCGAGUGCGAGAACUGUUGCCUAUAGAUGAAGUAGACGGGCGUAGCGAACAACAAGGCACGCUACUUAGCUCUCUCUCUCUCUCUCUCUCUCUCUCUCUCUCUCUCUCUCUCUCUCUUGUUCGCUUGCUCAAUGCGUGCGUGUGUGACGCACAUCUUCAGAGGGCGAGUCGACACCCACAGAAGGCGCUCAGCAUUGCACUUGAAUUCAGAGGGAGCAUCUCGACCGUGAAGGCACGAAGUAUGAGAUUAGCGUAAAUAUGAUCUCUUUUCGUAACGAAGAAUCGUCUUUUCCAKUGAAUUCCUGCAUAUGUGCAAUUUCUUGAAUCGUCUUUUCCAGUGAAUUCCUGCAUAUGYUAGCCUUCUUGAAAUCGGUGCAUUGUUCUCCUGUAUCAACGUGUUUGCGUGUCCACAGGAGAACAAGUUGUUGGUCCCUGUGGAGUGUAUGCUUUGCUCUUCCCACCCAUUGGUCUGAGCCUUUCUUUUGUUUGCACUCGCUGGUUCUCGAUCUCAUGGCKCCACUGUCGCUCAACGCUUCUUUAACCAAUUUACACUUAGSCUUACACUCG